UCGUGGAAACAAGACGUCUUCCGUCACUUCCUGUUUGGGGCUGCUCGUGGCGGGAGAUUCCAACAUGGCGGUGCAGCCGAAGAAGAACCUGGCGAUGGACAGCGCGGCCGAACACGGCUUCCUGAACUUCUAUUUCUCCAUGCCGGAGAAGCCGGCCACCACUUUCAGAAUAUUCGACCGUAACGACUACUACACCGUCCACGGGAAAGACGCCGUGUUCGCGGCGAAGGAGGUUUUCAAGACCAACGGUGUCAUUAAGCUCUUGGGCUCGGGGAGUCGGACGUUGGAGAGCGUGGUCCUCAGCAAGCUCAACUUCGAGGCGUUUGUGAGAGAUCUGCUGCUGGUGAGGCAAUACCGGGUGGAGGUGUACCGGAACCACGGCAAGAGCAGCAAGGAACUCGACUGGAAGCUGGAGUACAAGGCCUCUCCCGGGAACCUGACCCAGUUUGAGGAGAUUCUCUUUGGCGUUGGAAAUGGAGCAGAAGGCUGCGCGGGUGUCGUGGCCGUCCGCGUCGCCACUGGCGCAGACGGACAGCGCGUGGUGGGCGUGGGCUAUGUGGACGCCGCUCAGAGGACCAUGGGCGUGUGCGAGUUCCCAGACAACGAGAUCUUCUCCAACCUGGAGUCCCUGCUGGUCCAGCUCGGCCCCAAAGAGUGUCUUCUUGCUCAGGGGGGGGACGGCAAUGCCGACGCAAGCAAGCUACGGGAGGUCGUGCAACGUGGUGGCUUGCUGGUUUCAGACAGGAAGCGAGCCGAGUUCAGCAGCAAGGAUGUGGUCCAAGACCUGAACAGGCUCCUGAGAGCCAAAAGAGGAGAGGUGGUAGCCAGCAACACCCUCCCAGAGCUGGAUAAGCAGGUGGCCAUGUCCUGCCUGGCAGCCGUGGUGCGUUAUUUGGAACUGCUGUCCAAUGAGUCCAACUUCAACUCCUUCAGUCUGGCAUCGCUGGACCUGGGUCGGUACCUGAGGCUGGACAAUGCUGCUGUGAGGGCGCUCAACCUCUUCCAGGGGGCACCCAACGACACCAGCGGGGCCCACUCAUUGGCCGCUCUGCUCAACAGGUGUCGCACACCUCAGGGCCAGCGACUGGUCAACCAGUGGAUUAAACAGCCACUCUUGGACAGAACCAAAAUAGAGGAGAGGCUAGACCUGGUGGAGAGUUUUGUGUGCGACUCUGAGCUGAGGCAGACUUGCCAGGAGGACCUGCUGCGGCGCUUCCCUGAUCUCCAUCACCUGGCCAAGAAGUUCCACCGCCACAGCGCCAACCUGCAGGACUGUUACCGCGUGUACCAGGCUGUCAAUCACAUCCCUGCCCUCGUUGCCGCACUGGAAAGAUAUUGGGGGAGCUACCAGGUCCUGUUGGAGGCCGUCUUCAUCUCCCCCCUCCGAGACCUGCAGGGCGACUUCAGCAAGUACCAGGAGAUGAUGGAGACCACGCUGGACAUGAACCAGAUCGAGCACCAUGAGUUCUUGGUGAAGGCGUCGUUCGAUCCCGUCUUGAGCGAGUUGCGACAGAAGAUGGACGCCCUGGAGAAGAACAUGCAGGCUGUGCUGAGCAGCGCCGCCAGAGAGCUAGGUUUGGAUGCGGGCAAGACGGUCAAGUUGGAGUCCAACAGCAUGUUGGGCUUCUACCUGCGUGUCACCUGCAAGGAGGAGAAGAGCCUGAGGAACAAUAAGAAGUUCACUACCCUGGACGUGCAGAAGAACGGCGUGCGCUUCACAGACGGCAAGCUGAGCGCGCUCAACGAGGACUACACCCGCAGCAGGGAGGAGUACGAGGAGGCCCAGAACGCCAUCGUCAAAGAGAUCAUCAACAUCGCCUCAGGCUACGUGGACCCUCUGCGCUCGCUGGGUGAUGCGGUGGCCCUGCUGGACGCCGUGGUCAGCUUCGCCCUGGUGUCCGUCUCGGCCCCCGUGCCCUACGUGCGACCCCGCCUGCUGGCGGAUGACGGCCCCCGCCGCCUGGAGCUGCGGCAGGCGCGCCAUCCCUGCAUGGAGGCGGACGCAGACACCUGCUUCAUUCCCAACGACGUCUCCUUCGUUCAGGGCGAGAAGAGCUUCUUCAUCAUCACAGGACCAAAUAUGGGCGGCAAGUCCACGUUCAUCCGCCAGGUGGGCGUGAUCGCUCUCAUGGCUCAAGUGGGCUGCUUCGUGCCGUGCGAGGAGGCGGAGCUCAGCGUGAUUGACAGCAUCCUGGCCAGGGUGGGGGCGGGGGACAGCCAGGUGAAGGGAGUGUCCACCUUCAUGUCCGAGAUGCUGGAGACCGCCGCCAUCUUGCGCUCGGCCACGGAGAAGUCGCUGGUCAUCAUCGAUGAGCUGGGCCGCGGUACGUCAACGUACGACGGCUUCGGCCUGGCGUGGGCCAUCAGCGAACACGUUGCUGCCAAGAUCGGCUGCUUUUGCCUGUUUGCCACACACUUCCAUGAGCUGACGGCGCUGGCGGCGCAGCAGGCCGCUGUGCGCAACCUGCACGUGACGGCGCUGACGUCCCGCGACACGCUGACCAUGCUGUACCGAGUCAAGCCAGGGGUGUGUGACCAGAGUUUCGGGAUCCACGUGGCCGAGUUGGCGUGCUUCCCGCCGUCAGUGGUUGCCAUGGCCAAGGAGAAGGCGGAGGAGCUGGAGGAGUUUCAGGAUACGUCCGAGCAGCAGCUGGGGGAGCCUGAAGCCAAGAGACGCUGCAGAGACACGCAAGUAGGCGAGAGCUUGAUCCGGGACUUCCUGCACAAAGUCAAGUCUCUUCCUGCCGCCUCCAUGACGGAGGAAGAGGUGAAGGGUGAGCUGAGGAAGAUGAAAGAGGCUCUUCUCGCCGUGAACAACACUUAUGUCACGGAGCUGCUAGCACGCUCUCUUCCUGUCAAAACAUGAUUUUUUUUUUUGGAUUUACUAGUUUGACUUUUCAAUAAAGCAUUAUUUAAAA